AUGAAGGAAGAAGAUGUGAACCAAUGCCAGAUUCAGGAAUGGUACCCAAAAUUCAAGUCUGUGUCUAUCAGAACAAUAAUCCAUGAACUUCCAGAAUGUUUUGUCGAUUACCUUCUUGAUGAUUCAGGUCCUUUCCUCCUCCCACUUUCUGUCUCAGGCGAAGAUGCCCUGCCCAAUAGAAUUCACAACCCCAUAGAUGAAGAAGACUAUCAGGUGUCAGAAGGAUCUGGAGAUGAAUCAGAGCAACCUCCAUUGCCCCUUUCUUUCCCAGAACUUGAAUUGAACAUUAAGGAGUCAAUUAAUACCCUUGGAGGUGCAGUUUUUCCUAAGCUGAACUGGAGUGCACCGAAAGAUUCUGCUUGGAUUAGCUCAUCGGGGACCCUUCGCUGCACUUCAUUCAGUGAGAUAGUGUUACUGCUGCAAUCAUCUGACUCAUUGGUCCAUGAUUUGUGCCACGCCUAUGAUUCAUGCAGUGACAAAACCUUGUCAAGACCCCCUAAUUUCUUUCUUGCACUUCGGAAGUGGUAUUCAUCUUUCUUGCCUGAGAUGGAAUUUCGCUGCUUUGUUAGGAGUCAGGAGCUAGUUGGAAUCUCACAGAGGGAAGUUACUACAUUUUACCCCACUCUCCUUGAGAAGAAAAAUGGUCUUCAACUGUUGAUUGAGGACUUCUUCACUGAGAACGUAAGACAAAAAUUUGAAUCGGAAAGUUACACAGUUGAUGUGUAUGUGACAAAGGAUGGGCGUGUUAAGAUAUUGGAUUUUAACCCAUGGGGUGCAUUUACGCUCCCACUGCUUUUUACUUGGGAGGAACUGGAGCAGAAUCUCAACAAAGAGGAGGAUGGAGUGGACUUCAGAAUCGUCGAGAGCCAUUGUGGAAUCCGUCCAGGUCUGAAAACAGCAGUUCCGCAAGAUUACUUGGAUACUGGCCCAGGGAGUGGUUGGGACCAGUUCUUGAGAAAGGCUGAUGAGGAGUUGCGGCAGCAGAAAAUGGAUCCUGGAAAUGGUGCCUGA